AUGUUAUGCACAGCGUUACUCGUCGAUAGAUUACCCUCACCACUAGGAUAUAUUCCGUGUUGGGCAACGAUACUUUCAAGCUUCAUUGAAUCAGUUGUGACGGAUACUGCACGAAUCGUUCCGAUAGGCAAUCACAUAUCUGUAUUCAUUCCUGCGACAGAAACUAGACUGAUGACGAAAUUUAUGGAUGUUAUCAUGCAAACAUCACCUGGAAUACAACUCAGCACGUCAAUGAUAGCUCGUCAAUUGCGUGAUAUGGCUGACAGGUUCGAGUACCACUAUAUCGAUGAGGAACAGCGCUCUACAUGCACACCUGCGCCAUCAUCGUCACAGGCCCAAAUUGCCAAUAUUGUACCAUUGGAGUUUCAUCCAAUACUGCAACGUUUUUUAACGCUUUGA